AUGGCUUCGAAACCCCAGGACGAGUGUUGGACCGAGGAGACAAUUUGUCCCAUCUGCCUGGAUUUCUUCACCGAUCCGGUGUCACUGGAGUGUGGACACAACUUCUGUCGCUCCUGUUUCACACGGUAUUGGGAAAGGGAAGCGAGAAACUCCUGCCCGGAAUGUAGAGAGGUGUUUCAGGAAAUAAUCCUCAGAGCGAAUCGGGCCUUAGCGAGACUAGCAGAGAAAGCUCGAAAACUGAAGCUGAACCCGACAGAGAAGGAAAGAAAACUUCACUGCGAGGAACAUCAGGAAGAACUGAAGCUGUUUUGUGAAACUGACAAGAAACUGAUCUGCUUGAUUUGCAGAGAUGCGCGGGAACACAAGUCUCAUAACUUUAUGCCGAUUAGAGAAGCUGUUGAAAUCUACAAGGAACAGGUGAAAUCUUCCCUGACAUCGCUCACUGAGAGGAAAUUGGCAAUUCUCAAAAUGGAACAUCAACAGAAACAGAAAAUCUCUGGGAUUCGGGAUCAGUCACGCAGUCUGGAGUCCCACAUCUCAUCCGAGUUCACUAAAAUCCAUCAGAGUCUCACUGAGAAAGAGCAGCGUUUAAUCGGAGAUCUCAGAAAACAAGAGGAAAGAACUGUAGAUCUAAUGGAGAGAAAUCUUCGGGAGAUUCAGAAUAAUUUAACUUCCAUUGUGGAGGAACUCUCAAUGUUGCAGAAACAGAUGGAGCAGAAAGAUGGAGUGAUAUUUCUGAAGGAAGAAUCCUGUCGGAAGAGGAGGGUUGGAGAUGACCAGACACUUACAGUCUCGGAUGGGGCUCUGCCGAUGGAAGAAUUCGCUGGACCUUUACCUUUCCCAGUGUGGCGGGAAAUGCUCGAUGACAUUCAUCCUGUCUCUGUGACCCUGGAUGUGGAAACGGAGCAUCCGGUGCUUGACGUGUCUGAGGAUCGGAAGAGUGUGAGAUUGUCCCAGACCGGAAGGGAUCUCCCCGACACCGGGAAGAGGUUCACAGUCCUGUCUUGUUUGCUGGGAUCGGAGGGAUUCACAUCAGGGAGACAUUACUGGGAGGUGGAGGUGGCGGGGAGUCAGUGGUGGGGUCUGGGAGUCGCCGCAGAGUCUGGAGAGGAGAAGGGAGAGGUCGAACUGAUCCCGAAGAACGGAUUCUGGAUCAUCGGGCGGGAUGGUGACGGGUUCUAUGUGAGCACGUCCCCUCGAUCCCCUCUCCCUGCCGGUCCCAUCCCCAGGAGGGUGGGAGUUUUUCUCAGUUACGAGUCCGGGACAGUUUCAUUUUACAGCGCGGACACGAAGUCCCAUCUCUACACCUUCACUGGGAAUAAAUUCACAGGAAAACUUUAUCCUUUCUUCGGGACUGGGGAUGCAAACCAGUGGCUGAGAAUCUGCUCCGGUUCCGCUCCGGGUCUGUAACCGGGUCGGGUCCCAGGAACGGAGUCAGGAGGAAUUCAGUGUAAAUAUAAACGUGCGGAGAGUGAACUAAACACGAAUUGACGUUAGAACUGUCGACCCAUUAAUUUUAACGCGUUAACUGCAUCCGUCAGCGGAACAGAAAUACUUUUGUGAAUAUAGAAAGAUUGAGACAAUCGCCAUUCCCGCGGGCUCCGCGGAUUCAGCAGAAGCCUCGGGCGGCGGGUCCUGAGGUACCAGGGUCCCUCGGGUCCUAAAAACCGGUGAAUCAUUUCGAAGCCUAC